AUGAUGGUCGCCUUCGAAUCUGGAGGAGCAUAUCAAAAAAUAUUUGGGAAGCUUUUCAUUCAGGACAAAGAAGAAGGUUCACAAAGCCCUGGUUCAGAAGCAGUAAUGGCAGGUCAUCAUCCCUCCGAAGUUGAGGGUGUUCACAGUUAUCCACCCGAGAAUCCUCCUUCACGUAUGGAAUUUCGCGGCUACCGCACUAGAUAUCAGGAAAACAGACGUACUAUUCACUAUCCGCCAGAACCUCGUCGUCACGACAUUCCUCCCUAUGGUAAUCUUCAACGAAAAACUGUCGUCCAUAGUUGGCCUCCCGAAGUCCACAGUUGGCCUCCCGAAGCCCAUAGUUAUCCUCCCGAAGUCACGGGUGUCUAUAGUGAAGCUAUGAGGUUUUCUGAAAAAAAGACACCCGGCUAUUUUCCUGUGCCGAUCGUUAGUGACUAUGGUAACGCAGCGUCACACCUAUCAGGGUUGUUUUACUAUGAGGGAGAGCCGGAACGUCGUGAGCGGUCAAGAGAUUACAACCCUUACAAUCCCCUGCGCUACGAAAAGGCCAAAGUUUUAUCAAGACGGAAAAUAUCGAGCCUUUUGAAGCAGCUAACACCAGAGGAGCGAAUGUCACUACGGGACGAUGGGGGCAAGGCCUCUCUUCGAGAAGUUGCAAACGCGUUGACUCUAUUCGAUUUUUUGGAAAAGGAAUCCAAUCAGAUGGUCCAGGAAAAAAAAGGAACUCAGAUAGGCACCACUCGACCCGGGCCUCCACAGACCACUACCGCGCCAACAGGAAGUCAUAGCAUAAAUGGAGUGGUCACAAGGGCUCACGGAGCGUUUGAGACGACUCCACCGCAACCCAGCCCCAACCUGAAUGAAAAGUUCACAAUGGAGCCUGAAGGCGAACCAUCUUCUGCGCAGUCGGCAACAGUCUCGACAACUACUAAGAAUGUUCCUGGCUCAGUUGAGAAUGACUCCCUCACUCCAGCGACUGCAUCGACUGAAACGUCUAUGCAACCGAAUUCAAACAAGGUUCCAAAUAGCCCUUCUACCACUAAUAAAGACAACCACGUGAAUGUGACAGUGUCUUCCAGAAACACUUCAGCUGCUGCGUCACCAACCGUGAUCUCUAAUAUUUUCAUUGCGAGCCAGUCUCGCGUCAUAAGUGGAAACGGAGCACCUCAGGGAGCAACAACGCCCCCCACUGUCGCUUCAAACCUAGUAGUUUCCAACACCGUGACGCAAGUGGCCCCAGUUACCUCAGUUUCGUCGCCUAGCGCUACAGUCGCCACAGAACCUUCCGCAGCAGCAAAUCAUAACCGCCCCACACAGGAGAAUGGAGCCUCACAGAAAUCAACACCUUCCACUGUCGCUCCAAGCCUAGUAGGUUCCAGCACCGCUACAAAAAUGCCUUCAGGUAACUCAGCUUCGGCGCAUAGCACCACAGUCGCCAAAGAACCUUCCCCAGCAACAAAUCAUAACCGCCCUACACAGACGAAUGGAGUCUCACAGGAAACAACAUUCCCCACUGUUGCUCCAAGCCUAGUAGGCUCCAACACCGUGACACAAAUGGCCCCAGUUACCUCACCUUCGAUGCUUAGUGCUACAGUCGCCAGUGAACCUUCUUCUACAACGAAUCACUUCCACCCUACCCAAGAGAACGGACCCUACCCAAGAGAACGGAGCCACUCGCGAAACAACAACAACAACAACACCUCCCACUCUUGUUCCGAGCCGGUAGGUUCCCGAAGGCGUGGCACAACAGACUACGAAGACGUCAUCUGCGACACUGAACACUACAGUUCGUCACUGCACCUCCCAUCAGAGUGGACCCAGCACCACUCCCCGCAGCAGACCGGCACGCCUCAGGAAGCGACUCCUGCACGUACGGAGGGUUGGAGUGGUACAGUGAUGAAAUCUGUUUCUCCACACUCGAGAGUUGUCGAGCAGGCAGUUGCGUUAUUUUACCGCCAUCGCCAUUCCCCUCCACCGAUCAACAAUUCAAUCCUCAAUUGCAGAAAUAUGCCGUGUCAUCCCAAGUGCAUCAGCCUGUACGUCAGCAAUCAGGCCAAUCAGUGUCCGUCAACACACCUCAAGGAACGAUUUUCUACAAGAAAGUCUCACUGGAUCCCUCAAUAUUAA